ACCUUGCUGCUGCCACUGUGCAGAUCAGAGACACCGGUAACAGUCAGUGGUGUGGAUUAUGAGGAGAACUAGCUCUUUAUAACAGAGCAACACAAACAUUUGGAUUUUUGUAUUCUUUACGGUGUAAAUAAACAUUGACUUUACUUUAGGUCCUGCUGUGUACAACGUUAAAGCCAAGAGACAGGCUUAUUGUUGAAGAUGUCAGUGGUCGGAUUUGACUUGGGCUUUCAAAGCUGCUAUGUAGCUGUAGCACGAGCUGGAGGAAUUGAGACAGUCGCUAACGAAUACAGCGACAGGUGUACGCCGUCGUUUGUAUCAUUUGGCCCAAGAAGUCGAUCGAUUGGAGCGGCUGCAAAGAGCCAGGUGGUGACCAACUGUAAGAACACAGUGCAAGGCUUCAAGCGCUUCCAUGGCAGAGCGUUCUCAGACCCAAUUGUUCAGGCAGCCAAGUCAAACUUGGUGUAUGAUCUGGCACAGAUGCCCUCAGGAGCCACCGGUAUAAAGGUGAUGUACAUGGAGGAAGAGAGAGUAUUCAACAUCGAGCAGAUAACUGGCAUGCUACUGACCAAGCUGAAAGAGACUGCUGAAAGUGCACUGAAGAAGCCAGUUGUUGACUGCGUCAUCUCUGUACCAAGUUAUUUCACUGAUGCAGAGCGGAGGUCGGUCAUGGAUGCAGCUCAGAUCGCAGGCCUCAACUGUCUACGAUUAAUGAAUGAGACCACUGCAGUGUCUCUGGCUUAUGGAAUCUAUAAGCAGGAUCUUCCAGCUCCAGAGGAGAAGCCCAGGACCGUGGUGUUUGUGGACCUCGGCCACUCUGGUUAUCAGGUAUCCGUUUGUGCCUUCAACAAGGGAAAGCUCAAGAUUCUGGCUACAGCUUUUGAUUCAGACCUCGGUGGGAAGGACUUUGACGACAUCCUGGUGAACCACUUCUGUGAAGAGUUUGCAAAGAAGUACAAACUGGACGUCAGCUCCAAGCCUCGAGCUUUGGUGCGCCUUUACCAGGAGUGUGAGAAGCUGAAGAAACUGAUGAGUGCCAACUCCUCCAACCUGCCUCUCAACAUCGAAUGCUUCAUGAACGACGUUGAUGUUGCCAGUAAACUGAACAGAGGUCAGUUUGAAGAGAUGUGUGCUGGGCUGCUGGCCAAAGUUGAGGGUCCCCUGCGCAGCGUCAUGGAACAGACCAAGCUGAAAAAGGACGAUAUCUACGCAGUGGAGAUUGUGGGCGGAGCCACCAGAAUUCCAGCCAUCAAAGAGCGGAUCGGCAAAUUCUUCGGCAAAGAGCCGAACACCACCCUAAACGCAGAUGAGGCCGUCGCCAGGGGCUGCGCUCUGCAGUGUGCCAUUUUGUCACCUGCUUUCAAAGUGAGAGAGUUCUCUAUCACGGAUGUUGUCCCAUACUCCAUUUCCCUAAAGUGGAAUUCAGCUGCAGAGGAGGGACUCGGUGACUGUGAGGUUUUCCCAAAGAACCAUGCGGCUCCCUUCUCCAAAGUCCUGACUUUCUACCGGAAAGAGCCCUUCACGUUGGAAGCCUAUUACAAUAAUCCGAAGGAGCUAAACUACCCUAAAGCCACUAUAGGUCAGUUUCUGAUUCAGAAUGUGGUUCCUCAGGCAUCAGGAGAGAGCGCCAAGGUCAAAGUGAAAGUGCGUGUCAACGUUCACGGUGUGUUCAGUGUCUCGAGCGCAUCUCUGGUAGAAAUCAUUAAAGAGACAGAAGGAGAGGAACCAAUGGAGAUGGAGCAAAUAGCAAAGGAAGAGGAGAGCAAAAUGCAAGUGGACCAGGAAGAUCAGAAACCCCAGCCUGGAGACAUCGAUGACAAGAAAACAGAGGCGGAGGAGAUGGAGACGUCACCAGAGGAUGUCAAGGAGGAGAAGAAGAACGACCAGCCUCCUCAAGCCAAGAAGGCCAAAGUGAAAACGAAGACCGUGGAUCUGCCCAUAGAGGGCAAACUACAGUGGCAGCUGCCCGCUGAAGAACUUCAUACAUUUCUAGAGAAUGAGGGGAAGAUGAUCAUGCAGGACAAGCUUGAAAAGGAGAGAAACGAUGCCAAAAAUAACGUUGAAGAAUACGUGUAUGAAAUGAGAGAUAAACUGCACGGAGCACUGGAGAAGUUUGUGAAUGAAACUGAUCGUGACGCGUUCACGUUAAAACUGGAAGAUACAGAAACUUGGUUGUAUGAAGAUGGAGAGGACCAGCAGAAGCAGGUUUACAUUGAUAAACUAGCUGAACUGAAGACAAUUGGUCAGCCCAUUCGUGAUAGAUACAUGGAAGCUGAGGAGAGACCAAAAGCAUUUGAGGAGCUUGGCAGACAGAUACAGAUGUACAUGAAGAUCGUUGAAGCUUACAAGGCAAAGGAUGAGCAGUACGACCACCUUGAUGAGUUGGAGGUGACUCGGGUGGAUAAGCAGGUUAAUGAGGCCAUGGCCUGGAUGAAUGCCAAGAUAAACCAGCAGAACAGUCAGGACCUCACUGUGGACCCUGUGGUCAAAGUUGGAGAAAUUAAGUCCAAGGCGAAGGAGCUUUAUGCAUCCUGCAAUCCAGUAGUAACUAAACCCAAGCCCAAAGUGGAGCCUCCUAAGGAGGAGAAGACAGAAAAUGGGCCAGUCAAUGGACAGGCUGAACCAGAAAUCCAUCCUGGCAAACCCGAUAAAACAAAACCCGCAGGCGCGCAACAGGACACGGCAGAAAGCAAGCUCCCUGAAAUGGACAUUGACUAAAUUUUUGCUCCCGCCAUCCUUGAGAUUCCCGUCCGUUUGUACCGCUACUCGUCCCAUUUCAGCUCUUUCUUCUGAGAUCAAUCUUGAUGACACAGCAGCCUCUUUCGUAGAAACAGACAGCGGCAUCUGUUAUCAAAGCUAUUUAUCAGACCGCCUUAAUGGCAUGUGUUUUCUUAUAUUCUUUGAAUAUAAAAAUAUUACAUAAUAUUGAAUAGAUUACCUGAUGGCUUGAAAGUUGCAAGUGUGGGUUCCAAACCCGUGCUGCUUUGAUGGCUCUUAUGAUUGUUGUUAAGCUUCUCCUGAGCACCUUUCAAGCUAAGAAUGUCAGAUAUGGAGAGUCUGCCAGCAAAAUUUCUGCUGGCUGAAGAUGACUUAUAUAGUGCUUAAAGAAAUCGUGAAAUUGUUAAAUAUUGUUUAAAUAAGGUAUCAAUGCAGCGGUGAAGGAGACAUCAGUAGUUAAAGUUGUAAAUGUCAUCUUGUGUUUUUGUUUUGGAUCAUUGUUUUUCACCUCAAACACCUAUUACUCUGAGGUUAUGAUGUAUUUGGUUAAAGGAGUUUUGUUCUGUUGUAAAUUAUGUUGAAUUUAGAUACUUAGAGUUACUGUUAUGCAGUAUUUAACUGUUCUGCUUUUCUCAUUCAAAAGCACACUAUCAGUUUGUUCUCCGGUAGCCUCGUUAUUUGAUCUUUUUCUACUCAACAGUGCGAUUGCAGGUCCAACAAAUCACCUUUUGGGUGCUGCUGUUGUUGCCAUGUCACUGAAAAAAGCAAAAAUAAAUCUCAGGAUAAAAACUAA